CAAGGUUUUCAAUGUUGUCAUUUUUUUCGCGUUCUUCUAUGUGUGUUUUUGCGGUUAAAGAAUAGCAUUUUAAAUUAAAAAAAAACAAUAAUAAUGUUUAAUCAAAGUGCAUUGGGUGGUUUUGGGACCACGGUAACACCAUCAAAUUCUAACCCAAUGAAGGACUACGAGGUGGUACAACCACCCGACGACUCCAUCAGUUCUUUGGCAUUUUCACCGUCGUCGAUGCCCCAAAAUUUCCUCAUUGCCGGGAGCUGGGACAAUAACGUGCGGUGCUGGGAGAUCGAGCAAAACGGAACCAGCAUCCCAAAGUCGAUGCAGUCCUGCGGGGCCCCGGUUUUAGAUGUAGCCUGGCACGAUGAUGGUAGCAAGGUUUUUAUGGCGGGAUGCGACAAGCAAGCCAAAAUGUGGGAUUUAGCCAGUAACCAAGUGGUUCAAGUUGCAGUCCAUGAUGCACCUAUUAAAACCUGUCACUGGAUCAAGGCUCCGAAUUAUUCGUGCCUAAUGACCGGAUCCUGGGAUAAAACUCUCAAGUUUUGGGAUACGCGUAGUGCCACGCCGAUGUUAAGCCUCAAUUUGCCAGAGAGAUGCUAUUGUGCCGAUGUGGAUUUCCCUAUGGCAGUAGUCGGAACGGCUGGAAGACAAAUUAUUGUGUACCAGCUCGAAGGAAAGCCUCAGGAGUUUAAAAAACUGGACAGCCCGCUCAAAUAUCAACAUAGAUGUGUGGCAAUUUUCAAAGACAAGAAAAAAUCUCCUACAGGAUACGCUCUGGGUUCCGUUGAAGGAAGAGUAGCCAUCCAAUACGUAAAUCCGACAAAUCCCAAAGACAACUUCACCUUUAAGUGUCACAGAUCAAACGGUGCCCCCAAUGGUUACCAAGAUAUCUAUGCGGUUAAUGAUAUAGCAUUUCAUCCGGUUCAUGGUACUUUAGCCACAGUGGGAGCGGAUGGUUCCUUCAGUUUUUGGGAUAAGGAUGCCCGCACCAAACUGAAGGCUUCCGAGCUGAUGGAACAGUCUAUAACUAGAUGCGCGUUCAAUCAUAACGGCCAGAUUUUUGCCUACGCUGUUAGUUACGAUUGGAGCAAGGGACAUGAGUUUUAUAAUAGUCAGAAGAAGAACUACAUUUUUCUUAGGUCAUGUUAUGAAGAGUUGAAACCAAGAACGUCUUAGAUGUUCUACAUUUAGUAUUUAAGGUAAAAUUAAGUUUUGGUAAGGUUAUAUAUGUAUAGGCUUGGUGCAUUCUCUGCCAGCAUAAUCGGAGAAUACUCAGCUUAUUAUUAGUAUUUCAGCUAUAACAAAAACUUUCAAAAGUACAUAAUAAUAAUUUUAGAAGAUGUUAGUAGCUAUAUGCUUAUUUAAUUUUUCAGUUAUGUAACGGGCACUUAGUUUACUCACCUGUUUUGUCGAACUGCUUGGAUCCAUUUUUGCCUUUGAUCAAAUCGAUGUGAGAAGCUGUGAAGCUAUAUAUAUAUUGAAUAUCUGGGAAAAUGGAGUUACUGAAUGUUACUGCACCCAACAACCACGUAAUUACGCCCUAAUUUACGUGUUAAUAUUCCUCACAACACAACGCGACGCCACGCCAAGUUCGUGUUCUUUUUCACUACCUUUUACUACCCGCGGAUCAGCUUUACUUCACACAAACCUACUACCCGAGUGUUUUAUAGUUUCAAUAACAGCACUAGCAAACAUUAAAAUACUUAAAUAUUAUGAGAAAACGACGAUUUUAAUAUUAUUUCAACGCGAUCGGCAUAAACGGUAAAUGCAUAGAAAACAAGUGAACAUCAAGUAAAAUACUUUAGUCGGGCACAGCACCCUAGGACUAGGAAAUACUGCGGUCGGAAUUUUUAAAAUCAACUGAACGCACCAAGUCUAACUUAUUUGUUUUUAAACAAUUUGUUUGCCCAAUAAUAUGCAUUUAAAUUACACAAAUUAUACAGUGUAUUACGUUGUAAAUGUAUUUUUUACUUUAUUCUUAAAUACGUUUAAAAAAAUAAAAUAAACGAAUUUAAAGAAAAA